UUAGCAUCUCGCAGAGCUGUCAGUGGAGCAGCCCAGUGAUACCGACAAACAGGGAAAGCCCUCAGACUGUAAGUACAGUGUCCCCGGAGAAGACCGCCGCUCCGCAGUCUGCUGGCUCCACAUUGAGGGCUGCUCCUCUAAACGGACCGAGAAACACUUCAAGACAGCGAGACAAAGCUGUAGCAUUGAUUUGUUUGUAGGGUGGUCAUGGCUGAUGUGAGUUCAAACGAGUCGUCCACCACGGACGUGGCGAAUAGGUUUGCUCGCAAAGGUGCUUUGAGGCAAAAAAACGUCCACGAGGUCAAGAACCACAAAUUCAUAGCCAGGUUCUUCAAGCAACCGACUUUCUGCAGCCACUGCACCGACUUCAUCUGGGGGUUCGGAAAACAAGGAUUCCAGUGCCAAGUUUGCUGUUUUGUGGUCCACAAGAGGUGCCAUGAAUUAGUCACAUUCUGCUGCCCAGGGGCAGAUAAGGGGCCUGACACAGACGAUCCCAGAACAAAGCACAAGUUUAAGAUCCAUACCUAUGGGAGUCCCACCUUCUGUGACCACUGUGGCUCUCUGCUGUAUGGCCUCAUCCACCAGGGCAUGAAGUGCGAGUCCUGCGAUAUGAAUGUCCAUAAUCAGUGUGUCAUGAACGUGCCCAGCAUGUGUGGAACCGAUCACACUGAAAGGAGGGGGCGUCUUUUCCUCAAGUGUGAGGUCACUGGCGACAAGCUGCAGGUCACAGUGGGUGAAGGCAAGAACCUGAUCCCCAUGGACCCCAAUGGCCUGUCUGAUCCGUAUGUCAAGCUCAAGCUCGUACCAGACCCCAAAAAUGAGACCAAGCAGAAGACCAAAACCAUCCGCUCCAACCUCAACCCAAAGUGGAAUGAGUCCUUUAAUUUCAAGCUGAAGGCUACGGAUAAAGACCGUAGACUGUCAGUGGAGGUGUGGGACUGGGAUCGGACCACCAGGAAUGACUUCAUGGGGGCACUUUCCUUCGGUGUAUCUGAGCUCAUUAAGGCUCCAGUCUGUGGCUGGUAUAAGUUAUUGUGCCAAGAGGAGGGGGAGUACUACAAUGUUCCCAUCUCCGAGGAGGAUGAUGGAAAUGAGGAACUCAGGCAGAAAUUUGAGAAAGCCAAGCUAGGCCCAGGUAAGAAGGUGAUCACCGAGACAGACAACAGCCAAUCCAGCCAGCUGCCUUACAACAGCCUGGACCAUGUCAAACUCAGCGACUUCUCCUUCCUGGCUGUGCUGGGGAAAGGGAGCUUCGGCAAGGUCAUGCUGGCAGAGAUGAAGGCCACUGAAGAGCUGUUUGCAAUUAAGAUCCUGAAGAAGGAUGUGGUGAUCCAAGACGAUGACGUGGAAUGUACCAUGGUGGAGAAGAGAGUCCUGGCCCAACAAGACAAGCCGCCCUUCCUCACACACCUCCACUCGUGCUUCCAGACUGUGGACCGUCUGUACUUUGUCAUGGAGUAUGUGAAUGGGGGAGACCUCAUGUACCAUAUCCAACAAGUGGGCAAGUUCAAGGAACCUCAGGCAGUGUUCUAUGCAGCAGAGAUCGCUGUUGGUCUCUUCUUCCUGCACAUUAAAGGAGUCAUCUACAGGGAUCUGAAGUUGGACAAUGUGAUGCUGGACUCCGAGGGACACAUUAAGAUCGCUGACUUUGGCAUGUGUAAAGAAAACAUGGUAGAAGGAGUGACCACACGCACCUUCUGCGGCACUCCAGACUACAUAGCCCCAGAGAUCAUUGCAUAUCAGCCAUAUGGACGCUCUGUAGACUGGUGGGCAUAUGGAGUUCUGCUUUACGAAAUGCUGGCAGGACAGCCUCCAUUUGAUGGUGAGGAUGAAGAUGAGUUGUUCCAGUCCAUUAUGGAGCACAACGUGUCCUACCCUAAGUCCAUGUCCAAAGAAGCUGUCUCCAUCUGCAAAGGGCUGAUGACCAAACACCCAUCCAAGCGUCUGGGCUGCAGCCCAGAGGGUGAGAGGGACAUCAGAGAACAUGCCUUCUUCAGACGCAUUGACUGGGAACGCCUUGCGAACAGAGAGAUACAGCCGCCCUUCAAGCCCAAAGUGUGUGGCAAAGGAGCAGAGAACUUUGACAAGUUCUUCACACGCACCCAGCCCCAGCUCACACCGCCAGAUGAGCUGGUUAUCGCUAACAUCGACCAGGCCGAGUUUGCAGGGUUCUCUUUCAUCAACACACAGUUUGUAAACCCGGCGGUCAGUAACAGCAUAUGAAAAGGAUUGGAAAACGUCCCUGAAGAACCUCACUGCCACUAACUUAAAGCAACCGCCAACCUAACAUCUGACAACAACUUGAUCAAGGCCUACUAUAGACCACUAUAAACCUUUAAGUAUUGGUUUUAUUUGUAAGCAGCAUUCAGGGCAUGCAUUUUUGUUCUGUGCAAUAUAUUUUACAGUAUAGAUUAGAUUGGAUUGGCUCUCUGCCAUCACAAUAAAUCAUUUUCUUUAGUCUAAUGAUAAGCAUGUACUGUAGACAAGAUGUCCUUUCUAUACUGCUGCAAUUUGUAUCGAUGGUAUACCAUAACUAGAAGACAUUUAGAGGAUGAAUGAAUGCAUGGCUAUAAAUGAUAUGAUAUGAGCAAGAGGAUAGUAAAGGAGCAUUCAGCUAGGAGAGCAUUUAAGGCAUGGAUUUUGGAAAAUGUUUUCAUGUUUUUACAAAUCUCAAUGGAUAAACAUUAUGGUCUAUAGAUCCACUUAAUUACUUGUUUCCAUAUGGAUAAUUAUCACAAUAUAGAUAUUAUGCGAUGACCUUAAAAACACUCACGUGAGGCAGUGUAGAUACUAUGGCCAGGUGGUGCAGGUGUUGAAACUUCACCUAUUGAUUCAAUGUUUCCUGUAUCAUGUUUACAAUUUUCUUCCCCUUUGACGUCAUGGUGAUGGUAUUAAAUUCUAUUUUAGUACAAUUUGAUACUAGCUAAUCUCAACUUCCUGUGUGUGUGUGUGUGUGUGUGUGUAGCAAAUCAACUAAAGAAUGAACAGUUGUGUAAUUAGAUAAUAUGCAGCCUGUAAAAAUGGAGAUAUAUGAGACACUUGGGUAUGAAAGGGUGUCAGGGUUUGUUCCAAUUUUUAGCUUUAAAACUUAACUGGUAUCACUCUAUUUCAUCUGCUCUUAAAAGUAAUAAUUCACACACCUAUUUACCUUAACUUGAGCUGUAGAUUGUAUAUUUCCCUUGUCACUAAUUUUUUUGGACACAAUGUGGACACAGUUAUCAGUUUAGUAUGUGGACAGUGGUAGUACAUUAUAUAUCUACCUACUUAGGAAAAUAGUCAGUGUUAGGGUUAACAACUGUCUCUGUCCCAUCCUAUGCCAAAAACUACAAAGCCUCUUAUUAGUCAUAAAUGUCUCAACAGAAACAGUAACAACAUUUUGAUAAACUGUUUUUUGUUUUUAGAAAAUUUCAUAUCAAUGUGUAUUAACCAUCCGAUGUUAUAUUGCAUACAUUAUUGUGCCCUCAAGUGUAGAUACAACACAUUUUGCAGAAGUUGCAAAUCAAUAGGAGCAUUUCUACUGACCAUGCUUAUUGUUCUGAGAAAGACAAAUACUUCAUUAGGAUUAUGUCAACACAAUUUUUAUUAGUUAAAUAUCACCUUUAUUUCAUCCCUUUUAAUUUAUUUAAUGUCUUUACACAUAGUUUUUUGUCCCUUCUUCCUUUGUGUCUUCUCAUACAGAUUAGAUCAGAUUGAUAUUUGAAAGUGUCUACUAUCAGUGCAUAACUCCUUUGUAAAUAAUCAUGAGUUAUUUAGAACACGUAAAGCAAGUUACAGUUUUUAUACCAAAACCUGAAUGUGCUUUUAUUACAUUAAUUAUGUACACCAAUAUUUGUAUGUCUAAUAACAUUUAAACAACUAGCAACUAACCCAGUACAGAUCAACUUUACAACAACUUUAACAGAGUCCAGAUUUAGCAAGUUGUAAAAUAUAUCUGGUCCACUUGUUUUGGCAGAUUUAUCAAAACUUUCAAUUUUCAUUUUUCCUCAUAUUCAAUGAUUUUGAUUGUAAAUUGUGAGUUGAUUGGAUGUGUUUCUGGCUAUUGACUGUCCCUUUGUAUCGGAAUGCAUUUGGUAGACAUUAUUCAUGCACGUGAUCCGCUAAAGGCUCUAUGCUACAAAGUAUAAAACCCUCUAAAAGUUACAGUACAACCUCAAACUGAUGCUCCACUAAAAACCUAACUUUAGUGGGAAGAGAUAGUAGUCUUGAAAGUUUUACUUGUUUCGUCCUUGAAGAAUAAUAGCCAUAGCUUUGAUUUAUGUUGAUUUCAAUGGAUUCCAAUAGUGACAGCUUUUCAGGAAGGUAAAGGAAAAGUAUAGGAGGGCUGGGUAUAGUUUAAAAAAAGAUGAUACCAUACCAAUACCAGUAUCCUUAAAGCUUAAGUGCUUAACUUUUUUAUAUUAAUGAACGUCCCAUACAUUCAAGCCACUGCCAAAUGAGUUUGAAAACUCUGUAUUUCUCAGUAUGUACAUAUACUAUGUUCAGGAGAUGGUGUCAGCCGGUGACUUUCACGUGCAGAAAAUCUAGUGAAGAUAAUUUCCUUGUCUGAAGAGUCCAUCAUGAUUUUUUUAAUCCUCCGUUUCCUCUUUAGCUACUAGCAACUGAGUGGAGGAGGGGUGGGGGUGGUGCACGAUCACAGAAGGCUUUUUAGAAUUCCUCAUGGGGGAGACAGAAAGUACACACUAUAGCUUUACAGUGAUACUGAUACCAAUAGAGUACUUCAUUUGAUACCCAUCAUGUAAAUAGAAGAAUUCAGUUGCUUGUGCAGGUACAGGUAUCGUUUGAGAGGAGACUAUUAAAUACAACACGGUACUAGGUUAUUUCUGUCAGUCUAAUUAAGGUAUUGAGAACUGAUACACAGCCCUAGUGGGACACAUAAAAGGUCAGACCAAUGGGAGGUGAGUGUUUUGAUGCUAAAAGGAUAGAUAGCAUAGUUCUAGAUUGGACAAACUUAAUGUGCUGAUCUUAGACUCUUUAAGAGAUGAUUGCAGGAUGUUGUAAUUAUACUGCCCACAAAUCACAAACCAAGUGAUUGAACACUAAAGUCCUAAUGCUCAGGCAGAGUUGUAAACUAUGUGUGAAAGAGUGGGGAAUAACAGUGAUUUUGCCAAAAGAAUGCAGAUUGCUAAAGACGAUAGAACAGACGUUUAUUACAGUAGAUUAACAAAUGCUAACUACUUUUCAAAAGACUUUCCUGAGACAUUGUCCCUGGUUCUUGAUCAGUGCUUUUUGGUUUAGAAGCUUGAUAUGUGUACAUUAUGGCCCCUGGAUCCUUUUGCCUUCACCUUUUCAGGGUGAUGUGGAACACUGAACCCAGAUCUGUGGAGAGUUGUGACUCAGACGCAUUGCUCGUUGUUAGACCAGUGGGACCACUCACUCUUGGUGUGUCAUAAAUGGGGUUUAUGUUAUAAUCUUAAUGUUGUGGUGUUGUCUGUUGUAAAAUGUUUGUUUCUUCUUUUUUUGUUGUCAGUUGCGGUCAGUGUUGUUAGUUUAAUUUCUCUAGCUUCUGCUCAGAAAUUCAGAAAUUUGUUUAUUUGUUUAAAAGGAUAUAUCACAUUAGAAAACUCAUGACAUAAAUAGGAACUAUUGAAACAUUUUUUUAGUAAUUUCUAUGUUUUUCUAAGAGUUAUGUUCUCCUCCAGUUUUUCCUAUAGUGUGUGACCUUUUGCAUGUGCCAAACCUGGAAAUUGCCAGAACCCAACAAUAGCAGCGUUGCACUAGCUAUAGUCACAUGGAUGAUUUUUUCUUUGUGGCAGCUUCUCCCUAUGUAGGCUAAGACCUGCCUAAAGCCACACCUGCUGUACACUCUCUUGGCCACAUAACAUAGCAUGCUGCCAUGAGUAUACCAGUGCACAUUGUGUUAGUAAACUUUACAAUGCCAGUCAGUUUAUUAAACGAUUCAUCAUACACAGUCCUAGAUUUCCCUGCCUGCCUAUCCUAUAGGCAGAAUUGUGUCUGAAAAACAUUUCAGCAUGUGGUGCAUUGAAUUUAACAUUCAGUGUGAAUAUCACAGAAGUGAGAGAAAAUGUUCCUUGUACAUACUCUGAGUUUACUCAGCAACAGUCUUGACCUUGUCUGAGCUUUACUUACACCUCUGAAUGUGCUAACUAAAGAUAUCCAUCCUUUUUAAUUGAAUCUCUGGUUACUUUAUCCCAAACUUCUUUCUCCUUGAAACAUGUAAUGUUUUCAAAAAGUCAGCGUAAGUGUGGGCAUGAACAAAAAAAAAUCUUACUCUCCCCUUGUGUGCCUUUCCCUACUUGAACAGAUAAAAUGUACACCUUCUUCUUAAUCUUCAUUUUCCUCGCUCUCAUCUAAACUCUCUACUCCAUGUUUACUUUUUACCUUGCUGCAUUUAAUCCAUUGUCAAAGUAAUUGAGUUAAUUCACUUUUUUUACGCCAUGUAAGUGUUUCAGCACAUCUUGCAAAUCUAUGUAUUUAUGUAUGUCUGUAUGUGAAUAAAAGGAAAAAAAAAAAAAAACUUUGCACACUCUGUUCACAUAAAUGAUUCAUGAGCCGAUUGGUUUACCAGAAUGUUCAGCCAUAACACUUGGCAACAACUUGAGUCAACCUAAUGUGUCUGCUUGCUUUACCUUUACCUCCCUGUGCCUAUUAAUGACUAAAUGAUGUAAUGAGUUGAUUAAUAUAUGUAUCGACAAUAUCAAAGGAUGAUCUUCGAGGAGUAAAGGAACAAUGGACUAUUAAUUUGGACAUUAAUCACCUAUUAAUGGGGUUUGGUUAAAUGAAUGAAAGGAUAGAUGAUAAUGGCUUGUUUGAGGAAUGACCCCUGUGCCUUGCCACAUUGAACCAUCCCUCCCUUGUCUCUUGUGAGCACUCUUUCACUCUACCUCUUUCUCCUUCCUCAAAGCCUAGGCCAAGUCAAUCCAUCAUCUUAUCGACAGCGUGUCCCUCCUUUCAUCCGUUUAGAUCCCAUCAGGUCAGGAAAGCAGUUGAUUUUUCUUGUGUUAUUCACUCAACACAGUUUGUAUCAGUUCCACCCUUUCCUCCUCUCGUUUGUUGCACCAUGGGAAAGGAGUUAGCCAAUUGUAUUGUUGUUUGCUUACUUUGUUUACAUUCUAUUUGAUAUCCUCAUCUUUUUGUUUUUACUUAAAUUGAUUAGGAUGGCCAGAUGAUAAUAAAGUUACUUCCUGUUGUACUAUAAAUUUUAAUAUAGAUUUUAUCUUAAAUGGGAAGUUUUAAGACAUACUGUAGGUCUCACAUGAUUUUUCCCCUCCAAAUUGGCAUUUCUGACAAUUCUUCUUUUAUUUAUCUGUUUAAAUUAGAGGAAUCUUGUGUAACUUCUUUUUUCUUUGGAGUUAGUCAUUACCCUCCACUGUGUCCUGUUUGCUGUGAAAGGAAAGAUUUGAGCUGAGCUGCCAUCUUUUUGGCUGUACAGAGUACAGGAUCAAUAAUGUGCAGGAAUGCCUUAUCCCUUAACCCAUACAGUAACAUGAUCUAUACAUGUUGGUGUCCUCUCUUUGUUCACUUAUUAUCUCAGUACCCCUGUCCUUGUACAUAAAUGACUUACAGUAUAUAUCUAGACUGUAAAAGAAGAAUAUAUUGUAUUUUGCAAAUGGUGUAUGUCUGUUUUUUUCCAAUGUCCGCCUGAAACCUUUAAAAAGAGUCUGAGCAACUUACCUUGUAACUGAUUGUUAUUUGUACCUAAUGUAUGAUAAUGCAAAUAAAAAAGGAACAU